AUGGGAGUAUAUGCACCCACCAGUGAGGCAGGAGCAGGAGCACGACGAACACUACGACAACAGCUGACGGUCAUGCAGGGGAUGGCUCCUGCCACCAGCUUGCAGAUCAUAGCAGGGGACUUCAAUGCAGAAUUUGGCAAUAACGCCGAUCAUACCAUCCCGGGUUACGAAGCGACUCCCCCCGACAUUGCCCAAAUGCGGGGUCCCACCCCCGACGCGGAACGCAAACGCCAGCUUUGGAUUUCAAAGGUCGAAGAGCGCUUGAGGGUUCUGCAGCCGGUCACACCUCAGUCAGAUCUCACGGAGGCCUGGAGCCAGUUAUGUCAAAUUUGUCGAGAAGUGGCGGUUGAAGUGUGUGGAGUGUUGAACCUGGUCAAAGGGGCUCCGUGGCUAGCUUCCCGAGGCCCUGAAGUGGCCGCACUGGAUCAGGCAAUUCACCAGGCCAAACAGGGAGACAACCAGGCUCGCCGCCAGGGCGACCCCCAUCAAAAGGACCACGCCAGAAGACUCUUACAGAGAGCGCGAAAACACAAGGCAGAGACGUUGAGAAAGUGGGAAAGUGACUGGCUCAGCGCCCGCGCUGACGCAGCCAACCAGGCCAUGUCCACCCCCCACACGGCGGACAUUUUCCGCAUAGUUAAGCAACUGUGUCAGACGGUGGCCGGUCAGCGUCCGGAUUCAGGCAGCCGUCAGGCGCGCAAUUCGGAUGAAGUGGAAGCAUGGAAGGAACAUUUUGAGGCAAUCCAGGCAGGUAGUGGCACGAUUAACCCCUCGGUUUGGCAGGACAUCUCCACGCAAGUAGAAGAUUCCACCCUGGGCCUUCCCCCCACUUGGGAAGAGUACCAACGGGUGGUCCGUGAUAUGAGGUUAGGCAAAGCCGGGGGCUCGGACUCUAUGACGGCCGAAUACAUCAAAUUUGCGGGCCCUUCCAUGGAACGUAUGGUUUUUGACAUAGUUCUUAGCUGUUGGAAUCAGGCCAGUGCGGCGGACGAUCCGUCGCAAGCCGCCCACUGGCCCCAGGCCUGGAAGACAGGCCGUAAUCUGAAACGCACUAGAUUUGGGGACAUGGCCUACGCAGAUGACACGGCCAUCAUGGGCCGAGAACCUGAAGUUUUGCAAGCGGAACCGAUCCUAAUUACCACUAUUCAGGACUUCGGUGGCAAAGUCAAUGCAGCCAAAACGGAAGGUCUACGGGCUGAUCAGCACUCCCACUUUGCACUUUUUCCUGUGCGCUUUGACGCAGUGUUCAGCUCAACUCCGCUCGCGGUGGGCGACUUCUCCUCUCCGGAGGCAUCCUGUGAGUCCCGCCUCGCCUUGCUACACUGCAUGGCCAAUGUUGCUGAACGCAAACGUAAAUUGGAGGACUUGGAAAAGAAAGUGGAUGACCAGGCUGCUCUUUUGGACAAGACAGUGGGUAGAGUGGAUCGGCUUGAAGAACGUUGUGAACUCGCGGAAGCGUACCGGUUCCUGCGGGUCGAACACUCUUCAUCUCUUACAGAGCUGUGGGCAGGGCAAGAGUCUGGCGCAAUCCCUCGUCAUGAGCUUCGCAGUCGUGUCGCUACUGGUUUGGUCAAUGAGAUCCGCCAAGUGUUCGCUCAUGAAGUGGACGAGACGACAGCCAAACAAAAGUCAGAUACCUUGUCCAACAAUAAGCGUACCUGGCCGGCCCGUACGGUGCGCGAUGAGACAGCCCAGGGUUUCAAGUUGGACGGUUUGGUGGAAUGGGUCAGCAAGGUGGAGCACAUUUGCCUGCGCGGCAGCUCCAAG